AGAAUAAGCGUUAGUUGCAUUAAUAAGCAUUAUUUUUAUUUUUUUUAUUCCUUAAAACUGACUCACUGUUGAAGGAGAAAAGAGCACAAACUUGUUUUUUUUUCAGCAUUACAGACCUAUCAUUCAUGGGUAUGUGGGGUGGCAUUGGUUUUGAACAUCAUAUAUAUAUAUACUGUACUUUUCAAACAUUUGCUGUGGGUGGGGGGAUUUAUUGUAGUUCAUUCAGUAGCUGACACAGCCUCAAAUGACUCACAACAUGAAUUAUUGUUUUAUAUCCUCCUGGGAAUUUCUUUUGUGCAUCCAAACCUCAUUACCUCAUUGUGGUGACAGGAAAUGUGUUCGAAUCUCACCUUCUCGUCUAAGAUGAAUUUAGCAGAAAUGCACACUCACACAUGCACAGGCUUCAUUUAACAGGAAAUUUGCUGAAGGCAAAUGUGCGGAAAGAGGGUGAAAUUUACUAGACUCACUUCUAUGAACACAUUAAUUAAAUCUUAACAACAUCUCAACAAGAAGAGUAACAGCAAUUUGUCAUCAUGGAUGAAACAUAUACAGAGAGCAUGAAUACAACAACAUUUGAUUACUACGAAGCAGACGCCUGCUCGACUAAUGGUUCACAGCUGAAUCCAGAUCUCAAGGCUGCCAUUUUCUACAUGGUUUUUGGACUUGGCCUUAUUGGCAACAUCACUGUCUUAUGGGUCCUCUUGAAAAUCAUGCAUGUGAAAAAUAUGACAAAUCUCUGCCUGCUGAAUCUGGCUCUGUCAGACCUACUAAUGGUCCUCUCACUGCCCUGCUGGGGUCUCUAUGUUCAGGGCCACUACUUAAAAGCCAAUGAAAUGUGUAAAGCAAUGGCAGGUACAUACCAAGUGGGAUUUUACAGCGGAAUCUUGUUUGUUACCCUGAUGAGCGUGGAUCGGUACUUGGUCAUCGUACAUGCUGUUGCAGUGCUGGGAGCGAAGAUGCUGCGUUACGGAAUUAUAGUUAGUCUCAUUAUUUGGAUUGUUUCAAUCUGUGCUGCCCUUCCAGAGGCCAUCUUUGCAUCAAUGGUCACAGAGGACAGUAUCACCAGCUGUCAGAGAGUUUAUCCUGCUGGGUCAGCCCAAAGGUGGAAGCUCUUCCGUAACUUUGGUGAAAAUACAGUAGGACUGUUCAUCUCUUUGCCCACUUUAACCUACUGCUACUUCAGGGUCCUAAUGGUUGUGAAAAACACAAAAAACUCAAAAAAGGAACGGGCCAUAAAGCUCAUCUUAGGCAUUGUCAUCGUGUUUGUGGUCUUCUGGGUGCCCUACAAUGUGGUGGUGUUUCUGAAAACCUUGCAGGAGUUUGGCAUUCUUACUAGCUGUAAGGUUUAUCUUCAUAUCAACAUGGCCAUGGACUUGACAGAGACAAUCGCACUAACUCACUGCUGUGUAAAUCCGGUCAUUUAUGCUUUUGUUGGAGAAAAGUUUAGGAAAUGCCUAGCAAGUAUGUUUUCAAGAUAUCUUGUGUGUGUGAAGACCUACCAAUUGACAUCUACACAAUACAAAAUUUCAGAGAAUGAAACUUCCAACACAGCAAUUAUUUUUACAUCUACCAAAAGUACACAAGUUUAGACGGGACACGCAGCAUUUUUUAUUAUUCUUAAUUUUUGUAAAUAUUGUGGUUAUCAUUUAAAAUGUUCAUACAUUGAAACAUAUACAGUAAUGCAUAUUUUGUGGUUAUAUCAUAUCAAUUAUACUACCUCAAUUAGUGAAACCAAAUGUCAUUGUUAAAAAAGAACCGUCAUAUAUGUAUAUAUUAAAUCAUACAAAGAUAUAUAUAUAUAUAUUUAAAAAAUCCUGCUUAAGGUUGGUGGGGCAAGAGAUGCUUUCUGCAGUCUAGUGUUUAUUAUUAAAUUAGUGUCUUUAACACAGGUGUAAAAAUUAACCGAUGCAUUAAAUUUAAUGAAGUAUUAAAGCUGCGGUAGGUAACUUUUGACGCUCUAGCGGUUAAUAAACAGAACUGCUUGCGUCUUGCGG